ACACCAUGAGCACCAAGGCCAGCCCUCUGCUGCUGCUCCUCGCCUGCUGUGUUUGGUCUGCAGAGUCCCAGAGCGAAGGCAGGAGACAAAGCAUCUGGGAUGAACCCAUCAAAUUCAACACCAAGACCAAAGAUAUGUGCACCAUGGUCGUAACCGGUCAAGGGGAAUACACCAGGCUGAGGCUGUCGUGCCAGAGCAACAAGCGCUCCUACUGGUGUGAAUACCUGGGCAAGCCGAAUACCUGCCGACCCUACAGCAAAAACCCUCGUCACUACUUCGUCCAGAUGUCAUGGGGCCUCAGGAAGCUUCAGAAUGCCUGCAUGGGGCCGAAGCAGAUCAAACCUCACAUGUGCAAGAAGGCAACAGAUGAGUCUCAAAUGGUUUUCUCGUCCGCAUCUUUCUCUCGGCAAUGGCCAGAGGUUUCGACCAGGAUGGGAACAAGAACAACAGGAGCACAGCCUCAGCCUCAACCUCAACCCCAACCUCGACCUCGACCUCAACCCCGACCUCAGCCUCGACCUGCACCUACGAGGCCUGAUCUGACAAGGCAUGCCUAUAUUCCAAGAUUCCCAACAAGAGUUCAGACCCAGCGAAGACCCAAUCAACAACCUACAGCCCCUCCUGUAGAGAGCAACCCAAAGAGGAUUGCUCGGCAGUACUGCUGGAGAUCACUUCAUGGUGUCUGCUCCUACGUCAUUGGUUUGUUUCGGAACUAAUAUUGAAGAUUUACAAUUCUGAUGAAGAUAACUUGUGAUGUCUGAUUAAAGCGGCCCUUGGAGGGAAAAACCAGACCAGACAUUUGUUCAUCCGCAGUUAAAGAACUGUAGCACUCUCUGCAGGCAAAGGGAUGGCACUGCUGUGACGUCCAGAGUAACCUGUCUCACUGAAACCUACAUGCAUAAUCUUCCACAGAGAACCAGGCUGCUUUAAAAUGUUUGGUUAACACACUACCUGUCUUUGAGUGUAUAUAAACACAGAUUUUUAAAAGGUUUUUCACUCAGAAAGCGAUAAAAUACAUGAAAUCUUCGACUUGUGUGAAGGUUUCUGCAGCUGCAUGAAACUUUACAUCUAUCUCUUUCCAGGGCUGGAUGGAUGACUCAUCAGUUUUUGUAUCUAAACUUGUUGACUUGUAUAUCAUUGUAUAUCCUCCAUGCUGAGUAUUACAUUGUUGAGAUUAUUUUUGUCUAAAAAUGAAACAAUUUCUAAACUUCUGUGUGUAUUUGACUGAACGAUAAUAAGAAUGUGAAAGCGA